AUGGCUGUAUCAUUUGAAUAUGGAGUUGUUUUAGCCAAAAUGCAAAGUCUCCUUUCGGAUAGAGAUCGAGAGCGAUUGUAUUUUCUCCUCGACGACGAUAUUCAAGAAACUUUCCGAAAGAAUUAUACAAUUAGCAAAGCAUUUCAUGUGCUUGAGUUCUUUCUCCAAAAGAGCACCGUAAAUAACGAAGAUUGCGAUUUUAUCAUUGAAGCGUUCACGGCUAUUCAUUGUCAUGAUACUGUGAAGCGAUUAAAAGAGUAUCAAGCAAUCCAAACGAACGCAAAUCAACAAGCUGUCUCGAUUGAACAGAUCCUAUCACAGAACAAUGAAAAUCCUACCGUGCCUGAUCAAUUUCUAUCGAGAAUAAAUACAGAAUUAUCAAGCCCCUUUCUACAUAGAAGUACCAACAGUACAACACCAACAAACACGUUUGACUUAGUGCCAAAUAAGAAACAAGAGAAUACUAAACAACCUCGACGGAAAAUUUGUCAACGGAUUUUAAUUGGCAUUAUUGUUCUAAGUGUAACUAGUCUUCCACUAGUGAUUGUCUUAUCGCAGAGAUACAUCGAACGAACUUCGAAGCUAAAACAAGGUGAGAUUUUCUCAGACGCUCUAGAACUAUUUACUCAGCUAACACGUCGUUCAUGA